AUGAGAAAGGAAUUAGCAAUUGCAUCCCAUUUACAGGAGGAUAAAGAUGCAGGUUUAAGGAGCUUCAAUGAGGACACUCCCUCAGUUCUGGAAGAGACAGUUUCAGUUAAAAAGAGAAACCGAGAAACUAAUACUGCGAUGAGUGAAAUUGAGGCUCAAAAUGAAUCCAUCAAAGUUGUCUGUACUGGAAAGACGUUGGAAUCUUCAAAUGCGGAAACACACAAUGAAAAGGAAGAGAGAAGAUACAGUUUGAGAAAUAAAGAGAGAAAGAUUUACACUGAAGAAAGGGAACUUUGUGAUGAAGAUUUUCUGUUUUGCGAAGACUGCAAGAGAUUUUUUAUUGAAGAGUGUCCUGUGCAUGGUCCUCCAGUGUUCAUAAAGGACACAGCUGUUGAAUUGAAUCAACCAGAUCGAGCACGUUUAACUCUUCCAGAGGGCCUCAGCAUUGCGAUAUCCAAAAUUCAAAAGGCUGGUCUUGGUGUGUGGAAUGAAGGAAAGGCUAUUCCUAAAGGAGUUCAUUAUGGACCCUAUGAAGGAGUCACAUCAACUGAAGAAUCAGCUGCUGUCAGUGGCUAUUCAUGGGUGAUCAGUAAAGGAAAGCAAGAUGUUGAAUACAUUGAUGCAAAGGAUGAAUCUAAAUCAAAUUGGAUGAGAUUUGUUAACUGUGCCAGAAAGGAAGAGGAGCAGAACCUUGUAGCCUUUCAGCACCAUGGCAAAAUUUAUUACAGAACCUGCAAGCGUGUUCCUCCUCGGUGCGAGCUGCUGGUCUGGUAUGGUGAGGAAUAUGCCAAAGAACUUGGAAUCAAAUGGACAGCAAUGUGGAUGAUGAAACAAAAUCCAAAAGCAGGACAGUCUACUCCUUUCAGUAAAAAUGUUCGUAUGCAUCAACAAAAUCAGGAGGGAUUAUUUACAGAAUCCAUCCAGAAUAGAGAAUUUACUAAAUCAGAUGAAAAUCACUUGCAGCAGGAAAUCCACAAAGGAGAACGACUGCACACAUGUACUGACUAUGGUAAGAGUUUCCCAUUGUCUGGGAUCGACCAGCGGACCCACACAGGAGAGAGGAUACAUAAAUGUCCUGGCUGUGGAAAGAGUUUCACAUGGUCUGGGAACAUCCAUUGUCACCAGCAGACCCAUACAAGAGAGAGGCCGUAUAAAUGUACUGACUGUGGAAAGGGUUUCACAUGUUCUGGGGGCCUCCACCAUCACCAGCGGACCCACACAGGGGAGAGGCCGUAUAAAUGUACUGACUGUGGAAAGAGUUUCACACGACCUGAGCACCUCCAUCGUCACCAGCGGACCCACACAGGAGAGAGGCCGUAUAAAUGUACUGACUGUGGAAAGAGUUUCACACGAUCUGAUAGUCUCCAUUCUCACCAGCGGACCCACACAGGAGAGCGGCCGUAUAAAUGUCCUGACUGUGGAAAGAGUUUCACAUGGUCUGGGGACUUCCAUUCUCACCAGCGGAUCCACACAGGAGAGAGGCCGUAUAAAUGUACUGACUGUGGAAAGAGUUUCACACAGGCUGGGAACCUUCAUUCUCACCAGCGGACCCACACAGGAGAGAGGCCGUAUAAAUGUACUGACUGUGGAAAGAGUUUCACAUGGUCUGGGGACUUCCAUUCUCACCAGCGGACCCACACAGGAGAGAGGCCGUAUAAAUGUACUGACUGUGGAAAGAGUUUCACACGGUCUGGGCACCUCCAUCGUCACCAGCGGACCCACACAGGAGAGAGGCCGUAUAAAUGUCCUGACUGUGGGGAGACCUUUGUUUAUCCUUACCAGUUGAAAGCUCACACUUGUUUUAAAACCUGCCAACGUUGUGGAAACGACUUUAAAGAUUCAGCAACUUUUAAAGUUCACUUGAGAAACUGUUUUGAAACCUGAUACAGCAAAUGAUAAAUAAUUUGCUGGCUUGCUUGCUUUCAAUAUUUAUUUCUGUUUUAACUGAUUAAAGUGAUUAAAGAGUGUGUUUCAUCUUUGUCCCAUAGACUGGUUCAUUACAGUGACAGUGAAAGGUCACUGUGAUUAUUGUUAUUUUGUUGCUGUUUGGUUGCAUUGGUGACUGAAAAUAUAACCACUUUACUGUUGCCAGUCCCCACAUGAACCUUCACCUUGGACUGUACACCUGAGAGAAAAGGCAGUUACAAUUGUACUUAAACUCCCACAUGUGUAUUCUGCCAUUUGCAGACAAGUUUGAAUUUUAUUACACUUUCUGUCAUUUGUAAG